GCGCUUAUUACUUUAAAAAUCCUGCAUCUAUUGUAAAUACAACUGAUGAACUGCAUUCGAUCAUCGACAGCGCUUACAUUGUUAUCGAUGAAUCACAAUCUAUUAGCAGUUUUGAUGCUUGGCAACGCACAUUUGGUUAUUAUCUAUUACAGAGCAGUGUAAAUAUUCCUGAUUUUAUCACUUACCGGCGUGUAUAUCGUGUGAAUAAACUUGUGAAUACUGAUGGCUAUAUUGAUUGGUAUGAGAGUGCCGAUGCACGUCCUGAUAUCGCUAUACAAGAUUUGAUUGCAAUUCAGUAUCCAACUUAUCAACCUUCUUAUAAAACAAAAUGGCUUCAUGUAUUUUCGGAUAAUGAUUCUCCAAUGAUAUUAACUUCGUCUAAUUGUGUUGAUCCAAAUCAACCUCAGACCUUUGGAACUUGUAGUGCAAGUAAUUUCACUGGAGAUUCUUCUAGAGACGGUUCUCAAUCUUCUGUAAAUAAUGGAUUAAAUGGAUUAAAUGGUUCUAAAAAAUUAUCACCUAUUGCUGAGGCUUUGAUUAUUACAUUUAGCAUUCUUGCCGGUUUGGCUGGUUUUGCUGUCGGUACUUGGUUGGUUCUUGUUUUCAGAAGGAAACAUCAAGAAAGAUUUAUAGAACUAAAAGAUGAACCUGAAGUUCAGAUGUCUACCGUCACUGAACCCACGAAAACUUCCGUGUGA